GUGCUGUCUUUUGGUGUCACCUUGUUAAUAUCCAAAAGUGGAAGUGCGUCACAGGCUCUCUUUCCAUUUCCCCUGAAAACCGGAACAUCCGGUUGUUGGGGACUCGGCAGAGAGGCUACAAAUGGAGCAACCAACAGGUACUUUUCUUGAAAUAUAGUUGGCAACACUGCGGCUCACCUGGUACUUUAGGAAACAUGGCGGCCGUCAGUAAAUACCUGACAGCUAAAAACUCCUCGAUAGCUGGGGGAGUCCUACUCGUUUUAUGCAUCCUGAAGCAAAGAAGAAGAAGAGGUGGCAAAUCAAGCGGUAAAAAAGGGGGCUCAGAACUGGUGUUGAGCAAUGAAGACAAAGCAGCUAAGAAAGAUCGGGCGGCAGUGGACUAUGUCUUCUUCCUCAGAAUCAGCAAGAUCAUCCGUAUCAUGGUGCCUCGAUGGUUCUGCAAAGAGACUGGAUACCUUAUCUUCAUCGCUGCUAUGCUGGUGGCCCGGACAUACUGUGACGUAUGGAUGAUCCAGAACGGAACCAUGAUUGAAAGUGCAAUUAUCGUUCGCAACAAUGCAGAUUUCAAGAACUACUUGUUCAAGUGUUGCAAAGCCAUGCCAAUUUUUGCCUUGGUGAAUAACCUUCUAAAGCUGGGUCUGAAUGAGCUGAAGCUGAAAUUCAGAGUGAGGCUGACCAAACACCUCUACGAUGAGUACCUCAAAGGAUACACAUACUACAAAAUGGGCAACCUGGAUAACCGCAUCGCCAACCCUGACCAGCUGCUGACUCAAGACGUAGAGAAGUUUUGUAACAGUGUGGUUGACCUCUAUUCCAAUCUCAGCAAGCCUCUCUUGGACAUUGGACUGUACAUCUUCAAGCUGACGUCUUCCAUCGGCGCCCAGGGCCCAUCGAGUAUGAUGGCCUACCUGCUGAUCUCAGGCCUGUUACUGACUAGACUGCGGAAGCCCAUCGGUAAGAUGACUGUCACUGAGCAGCGCUACGAGGGAGAGUACCGAUACGUCAACUCACGACUCAUCACCAACAGUGAGGAGAUCGCCUUCUACAAUGGCAACAUGAGAGAGAAACAGACGAUUCACUCAACAUUUAAGAAACUGGUCGACCAUUUGCACAAGUUCAUCUUCUUCCGCUUCUCUAUGGGCUUUGUAGACAGCCUGAUCGCCAAGUACAUGGCCACUGUGGUGGGCUACCUGGUGGUGAGUCGGCCCUUCCUCAACCUGUCCCACCCCCGCCAUUUGAACAGCACCCAAGCUGAGCUGAUGGAAGACUAUUACCAGAGUGGCAGGAUGCUGCUGAGUCUGUCCCAGGCUCUGGGAAGGAUUGUACUGGCUGGCAGAGAGAUGACCAGGCUUUCCGGGUUCACCAUGCGUAUCACUGAGCUCAUGAAGGUCCUGAAAGAACUGAACUCUGGGAAAUACGAGCGCACCAUGGUCUCCCAUCAGGACAAAGAAUCAGAAGUGGUAGAAAGAGUUGCACUGGUCCCGGGCAGUGGACAGAUCAUCAACGUAGACCACAUCAUCAAGUUUGAACACACACCACUAGCAACACCCAAUGGAGAUGUCCUGAUCAAGGACCUGACCUUUGAAGUGAGGUCUGGCACCAAUGUGUUAGUGUGUGGGCCCAAUGGCUGUGGCAAGAGCUCACUCUUCAGAGUACUGGGAGAGCUCUGGCCUCUGUUCGGAGGACAGCUGACCAAGCCUGAGAGAGGGAAGCUCUUCUAUGUUCCUCAGAGACCCUACAUGACCCUUGGCACGCUGAGGGAUCAGGUGAUCUACCCUGACACCUAUGAGGAGCAAAAGAGGAAAGGCAUCUCUGACCAGGUGCUGAAGGAGUACCUGGGCAAUGUCCAGUUAGGUCACAUCCUGGACAGAGAGGGGACCUGGGACACCGUGCAGGACUGGAUGGAUGUCCUCAGUGGAGGAGAGAAGCAGAGGAUGGCGAUGGCCAGGUUGUUCUACCACAAGCCUCAGUUUGCCAUUUUGGAUGAGUGCACCAGUGCUGUGAGUGUAGAUGUUGAAGACUUCAUCUACAGUCACUGCAGAACGGUUGGCAUCAGUCUGUUCACUGUCUCUCACAGAAAGUCUUUGUGGAAACACCAUGAGUACUACCUUCACAUGGACGGAAGAGGGAACUACGACUUCAAACCUAUCACCGAUGAGACUAUAGAGUUCGGCUCCUAGAGGAGCGUCAACAACGCACCAUCCUCCGGCCUGGAGAAAGGCACCCACUAAUUCUGCACUUAAAACAAACCUUGACUUUUUAAUCAAUUGUAGUUUUCUUUUGACAAGCUGUAUUUAAAAUAUCAGAUAUGUUAGUCUGGUUAAGUAAGCAUUUGUCAACGGUGAUUGUAUAUGACUUGUAAUUUAUUGUUCAAGUUGGCCUAGACUAAUUAUGUUUGCAUUAUUCGCCUGCAAACUGAAUCCUGUUUCAUAAUAAUUGUGUUAGCUCAUACAGAUAACUGGGAUGGGUUCAGUGAUCCUGACACGUCACUGAGGGAAGGCAGCAGUAUAAUCAAGAUCUUGUAUUUUUCUAAGAGCAAUAACUACCAAGGUAUUUUUAUAACAUACAGAGGAAGCUGCUGGUUGCCUCUAUGGGGGUGAAAUCCUUCCAUGUGGUUUCCUAGCCUGGUUCCUGAUCUGUUGGUACUGUCAAGGACUAGGCUAUUCCUUAUGGGCCUUGGGUGAGGAGAGACCCUGAUCUACUGUAGAGGAAGUGAAGCUCUAGACUCCCUUCCUCUCAGUGGGUUUGUCCCAAAUGGCACUCUAUUCCAUAUAUAGUGCACUACUUUUGUCCAGUGCCAUCUAGUGACUCCCGUGCCGUUUGGGAUGCAGCCAAAGUGUUCCAGAGGAGCAGCCUGAGCAAGGCUCUGGACAGAAUUACGAAUCUUUCAUCCCAAAUAAGUACUCAUUAUGUGGUCGAUAUCUUUGCAGGCGUUCCGGCGAUCCCCUCGAACGUGACGUCUGUCUCUGAGGCAAUACUUCCAUAACUAGAAUAAUUAUCAGGCUGGAUGUAGCAGUGUAGGCUUAGUAUGUGAUGAUUGAUUUAUGAGGAAUUGUAUGAAAUGUGACAGGUGCGCAAGGUGUUGCCCUUCCUUGGAUCAGGAUGGUGCACUUGAUCAGCAGACCCCCUGAAGCCUUGCCCCUUGCCGCUGCAGUAACUACUACCCAACACUUGCCUCUGUUUUUCAGUGUAAAAUACUGUAACAAUGUUCUUAGUCCAUUUUUUAAAAACUGAACUGUAAAGAAACAGCCUCUGUAGAAGGCAUGGUUUUAUAUGGGAGAGAGACUAUAUUGUGACUUCACACUAUAAAGUGUAUGGACCUGCAAUAACUGUAUGAACAAUACAUUUUCAUUAAAAAGA